AUGGCAAACAGUCGACAACCUAAAAAGAUCGUUCCAGGCCUGAUACAAGAUCAGAAACCCGUUCUUUUGCAAUCAGAACACCUACAUCAUCCUGGGAGACCACUCGUAUGUCUCCUUUGUGAGCCCGAUACGAAACGUGCGCUGAGAUACGCGCCAAAGGGUCAUUUUCCAUUCCUCGAACUUCCUGGAGAGCUCCGAAACAAGAUUUAUGAUUACGCAAUCGUAAAGCAGUACUACGAGAUCGGAUGGGUCGACGAUUACCACAAGAGCAAAAGUCUGACCUAUCAGCUACCCAAGCUAGGCAGACCAUAUGGACCUCACCUUGAAUUGGGUGCAGCCAGACGCCGUCGUCAGUUGGACUAUUCCCGGCGUGUACCUAGUCAGAAACGAUUGGUGGAGGGUUCCAUCUAUCCCGGCCCUGCUGCUCUCCUCGUCGUCUGCAGUCAAAUGCAUAAGGAGGCAUGCUCAGUCUUCUACUCAAAGUCGACCUUCACCUUCCAUGGCCUGGGCGCCCUUCGUCAUUUCUUGAAUAACCUCUCCCCAACUGCGACGGAAGCCUUGACGCGACUUGUAAUCACGUAUCGUGCCUACGGCGAACCGAACCGCACUGAAGAUCGGAUGUGGAAAGCCAAGCACGACCGGCUAUGGGAAGACCUGUGCUGGCGCAUCGCAGACCAGUGCAGUUCAUUGACUCGUCUCUCACUCAAUCUCACGCUGAACAAGUCACCGCUUUGGUUCGGGCCGUUCGAUCUCGCAGACAAGGCAGGGAUUGGUGCUCAGUGGAUUAAACCCUUAUGGGGCUUUCAAGAUGUCGGGAUCCAACGGUGCUGGGUGCGUCUGCACUGCUUGAGCAAAGACAGCUCGAUCCUGGAGGUUGAGAGUUGGAAGGUGAGAAAGGAGAUACUCGGAGCUCUAUGGGACGAAGAGGCGGAGGCGCAACGUGAUGCCUACGGGUUCGAAAAGCGCCAGAGUGGCGCAAAGGAAGUCCAGAAAGGCAUGGUGCUUAGACUUCGGGUCGAUGGAGGCCUGGAAGUUGCUUGA